UAUCACGACAUUUGCUUGUAUGCUUUUGGAUACGCGACAUUCAACGAGAGUACAUCGCGACAUUUUUAUUUCGAUGAUAUUUGAUUUUUUUUAGUUUAUUGACUUUAGUAGCUGACAUUGGGAAAAUUCCAAAGAGAGAAUGUAUAACAACGGAGGAUCUAAUAGACAGGGCCAGAAUGGACAAGGGGGCCGAUAUAAUGGGGGUACAUCUAGCUUCAAUAAUAGUUUAGAACAUCAAUUAGCGUCACAAGAUAAAAAGGCAGCAUAUAGAAGAACCGUUGAUCAUGGUAAUAACAUGGGAAGAUGGUAUGUGAAUAGGGCUUUGGGUAAGCCAGCUCAGCAGAUUGGGGAAAUAAGACCUGAGUCAUCAUAUUUAAUUGAUUUAUUACCGUCACCAGCAUACGCAAACACUAGUAAUCAAAAUAAGAAUAAUAUGGCCAUUAUGGAUAUACAGGCCAAAUUUGUUCAUUUAUCAUCGAAUAAAGCCAAACAUUCAAUCAACACUGUUAAAUGGACCCCUGAAGGUAGAAGAUUGUUGGUAGCAUCCCAUAGUGGAGAAUUCACUAUUUGGAAUGGUAUGACUUUUAAUUUCGAAACUAUUAUGCAAGCACACGAUCUGGCAGUUUUAUCAUUGAAAUAUAGUCACAAUGAUGAUUGGUUAUUAAGUGGAGAUCAAACAGGGUUGAUAAAAUAUUGGCAACCAAAUUUCAAUAAUGUUAAUAUAAUACAAGGACACACUGAUGGAAUAAGAGAUAUUGCAUUUUCACCAAAUGAUUCUAAAUUUUUAACUUGUUCGGAUGAUUCAUCCUUGAAAAUAUGGAAUUUUAAUAAUGGACAAGAAGAAAGAAGUUUAGUUGGGCAUCAUUGGGAUGUUAAACUGGCUGAUUGGCAUGAAAAUUUAGGAUUAAUUGUGUCGGGUUCAAAAGAUAAUUUAAUUAAAUUAUGGGACCCAAGAGUAUCUGAAUGUAUUUCUACAAUACAUGGAUUCAAGCAUACAAUUACAAAGACCAGGUUUCAACCAACUGGUACUAAAAGAUUAUUAGCAUCAGUGUCAAGAGAUCGAUCAUGUAGAAUAUUUGAUUUAAGAACAAUGAAAGAUUUAUGUGUUAUAAGAGAUCAUGAAACUGAUCUAUCAUGUGUUGCAUGGCAUCCGCAUCAUAGCUCAUUAUUAACCACUGCAGCUUUUGAUGGAUCAAUGCAUCAUUAUUUAUUGGAUAAUCAUAUUAGUGAUGGAAUUAAUUUAAAAUCAAAUCAAUCAACCAAUAAUUCAUCAACAACUCUCAAUGGGAAUUUUGAACAAGUUCAUAAAAUACCGUAUGCCCAUGAAAAGGCUAUUCAUGCAUUAGAAUACCAUCCAUUAGGUCAUCUUUUAUGUUCCGCCGGUGCUGAUAGAUCAGCAAGAUUUUGGUCUCGUGCAAGACCACAAGAUCCAAUGGCAUUAAAUGAUCCAUUAUAUACUAAUGAAAAAGUUGGAGCUUGGUAUUUUGGAGUUAAUAAUAAUAUUAAUGCAAUUUUCAAUCAUCCGGGUGGUGGUAGCAUAAAUACCGGUCAAGAAACUACAUCAGCACCAACAUCAACUAAUAAUAAACCAAUGAAUUUACCAGGAUUAAACAAUAUUAAUGAAGAUGUUGAAAUGAAACCAACCAGUGAAGCACCAAAGUAUUCAGGAAUCCCUGGUUUAGGUGGGUUUAUGUAAUGUAUAGAGUUAUUG